GACGCCAAUCCAUGCCGUCGUCUUGACAGAUGUCACAGUUGAUAUGAUAUGAUUCAGAGAGGGCAAUAUAAGCUGUCCUGCCGCUGGACUCCUCUGGUCUCCAACAACAGUUCAAGGCGACAGCAUGAGUCUCUUCUUUAACCUUAUCAGCACAACCUAUGGUUGGAGCCUCUUACUCCUCGGAGCGGCAACACUCACGUUGAUCGCGAGUUCCGCUGGAAAGUACUUCAAGAAAGCACCACGAUCACUACGAUUACCUGUGAAACGACGAGACCCAGCAGUCUCAGGAGAGAACUUAGAAGAUGCAUACUACAACAUCGAACCCCUCAACGACUUCGAUGUCGACGCCGAAGAGCCGAUCAAGGCCCGCCCGUUCAAGCCUAAGUUUCAUAUGACAAUGGCUAUCAAGAACACCACGCUCUCCGACCUCGUAGCCAUGGACAAGACCUACCACUCGCGCAUCCAAAUCCGACGCAAAUUACUCACAACCGAGCACCACGAAGUCCUCGACGCCAACCCCAAAGCCUUCCCCGCAGUCUUCGAGCUGUACAAAUGGCUCUCCCAGACCUACCUGCCCCGCCGCUUCCCCACAAUGUUCACCUCCACGCCCACCGGCCUACUCAACAAAACCACCAAUGAGACACUGCCCCUGAUCCCUUCCUCCGCCGCCGACGCCCUCGAACUCAUGGGGAGCCACAUUGACGACGAGUUCUUCUUCCUCCUACCCUCUGGCCAGCCCGAGGAUGAAGGAAAGUACAGAUUAGAGGCGUUUAUAACAUGCUUCCCUUCCGGGUUCAAUACAAGGAGUAAGUUGGGCUUGCUGCUAGCAGACAUCCACACGCCUGUACCGCAUUACAAGCAGAAACUCAAGCGCUCGAUGGACAAAUUCUUCGCCAGCCUGCCCGUCGGCAAAAUCGUGAAGCGCUGGAACUGGACCAUCAGUACCUCAGGCGAGCUGUUUUGUGUCAAGGGAAACCACACUACGGAGGAGGAGUUGGAAGAACAAGGGAAGGAAGAGAUUGAUCUGAAGACGACGUUUUUGAGGUGUGAGAGGCAGACGCUGCAUCGGCUGCCGGAAAGCAGGGCGGUGGUGUUUGCGUUUAAGACGUAUCAGUAUCCGAUUCGGGAGUUGAGGGAUGAGGGGAGUGGCGAGGCAUUAGUAGAGGCUAUUGAUGGGAUGGGGACGGGGAGUGCGCCGGAGAUGACGGUGUAUAAGAGGCAGGUUGUUUGGGGGGAGAAGAUUAAGGCUUUCUUGAGGGGAGAGAUUGAGGACGAUCAGUGAGGUUGCCGUGAAGUGAGCAGUUGGAGGAAUGGGUGGGCUGUGUUGCAUGUUUUCGCGUUGCUUUCUUGGUUUCAUGCCAUAU